AUGUCAAAAAUGAAAUCAAAAGACCCAUUAUCGAGAUUUUCUCAUCUUAUUGAUUUUGGUGAGCAUGAUAACUCAGAAAUCGCUCGAGCUAUCCUCCCUCGUACCGGAGACCAGUAUGACCGUACACUUGACAUUUUUGACAAAUUUAUUUCGCUACAUCCCCAAGCUAAAGACCCUCCAGACAUCAAGACCUAUAAGGCCUUUGUAGAGUUUGCAGCGCGCGGGAUGAAAGGUCGGAUCAAAGAGAGGCCUACAAUUGGAACGGUUGAGGCCUUUCGCAGAGAUUUUGAGGCAGGCAUGUCCCUUAGGAGAAAAUACAACUUCCCGAAAGAGGUGUCUAUAACACUGAGAGAGUGGAUUAUUCAAGGGCUUAAAGAGAAGAUUUCCCUUUCAACGGACGAAAUAGAUAAAGAUAGGCUAUCGCCAAAUGACCUUACUGUGCUUAUGACUCAGCUCUGGUGUAGGGACUUUCACGAGUUUCGCGGUGAGAUCCCUGAUAGAACAAGAGUGCAACUAAGUGCGGCGAUUCUUUUGUACUGUUUCACAUCUGCAAGAACAGGAGAGGUCCAUGAGUCGACGUGUCGGCGAAAGGUGUCAAGAGAACAGGGCACAGACAAAGAGGAUGAGGAACUAGAGGCCAGAGUUAUGGCGGCCUGUUACAAGGGAAGAAGUACCCCUUUUUUCAAUAUUCUUACAUUCUUUCUGCCGAUGGCAUCUGCCGACGAUGCAUUUCGAGAUUUUUCUUCUAUCGGUGAGAUCCUGGAUACGGCACAAGACUACACAAACACCUCUCCCACCAAAAAUGAAGUCUUACAAGUUAUUGUCUUCAACGAAGAUGUUCUGGAGCUUCCAGUAUUCCGACCAUUCAGUGAACAGCAUAUGAAGAAAAGUACUGGAAAAGCUCGGGGAGCAGAUGCUUUUAGCAAAGAAUUUGUCGCACUGGGUCACCGCAGUGGGUUCAUUCGAAACGUCACUAUCCGCGCCUGCCGAAGAUGGGCACUCAUAGAAGCAGGUACUUUCCCGCAGCGUUUGAAGCCCCUUAAUAGCUAG